CGCGGGCGCCACCUUUAAGCGUCACGCGCGGGGCUCUGCCUCUGGACUUGAGGGUUUGAACAUGUCGCGCCUGAAGGGAGUGGCCGAGCGGGAUCCCCGAGUGGGUUUCAGAGCUGAGAGGAGAGACUGCGGUGCCUCGGUACCCCAGGGGCUUUUAAAGGCAGCGAGGAAGAGCGGCCAGUUAAACCUGUCGGGUCGGAAUCUUAGUGAAGUACCUCAGUGUGUCUGGAGAAUAAAUGUGGAUAUCCCUGAGGAAGCUAAUCAGAAUCUUUCAUUCAGUUCUACUGAGCGAUGGUGGGAGCAGACGGAUUUGACCAAACUAAUCAUAUCCAACAAUAAACUUCAGUCACUUACAGAUGAUCUCCGACUGCUGCCUGCACUCACUGUUCUUGAUAUACAUGAUAAUCAGCUGACAUCCCUUCCUUCUGCUAUAAGAGAGUUAGAAAAUCUUCAGAAACUUAAUGUCAGCCAUAACAAACUGCAAAUACUCCCUAAAGAAAUUACAAAUCUGAGAAACCUGAAGGGCCUCUAUCUCCAGCAUAAUGAACUAACUUGCAUACCAGAGGGAUUUGAACAACUUUUCAACCUAGAAGACUUGGAUCUUUCCAAUAAUCGUCUUACAACUGUUCCUGCUAGUUUUUGUUCUCUGUCCAGUCUGGUGCGACUCAAUCUUUCCAGUAAUCAACUGAAGAGUUUGCCAGCAGAAAUAAGUGGAAUGAAAAGAUUAAAGCAUUUGGAUUGUAAUUCAAAUUUCUUAGAAACUGUACCUCCUGAAUUGGCUAACAUGGAGUCACUAGAAUUGCUCUAUUUGCGGAGGAAUAAAUUACGUUUUCUACCAGAAUUUCCUUCUUGUAGGUUAUUAAAGGAAUUACAUGUAGGUGAAAACCAGAUUGAAAUGUUAGGGCCAGAACAUCUUAAGCAUCUGAAUUCUAUCCUUGUGCUAGACCUGCGGGAUAAUAAGUUAAAAUCUGUUCCAGAUGAAAUUACACUACUACAGUCUUUGGAAAGGCUUGACCUAAGCAACAAUGAUAUCAGUAGUCUACCCUGUUCAUUGGGAAAACUUCAUUUGAAAUUUCUGGCACUAGAAGGAAAUCCUUUGAGAACGAUUCGAAGAGAAAUUAUAAAUAAAGGAACCCAAGAAGUCUUAAAAUAUCUGCGAAGCAAGAUUAAAGAUGAUGAACCUAGCCAAAGUGAUCCUGUUACUGAGACUGCCAUGACACUACCAAGUGAAUCCAGAGUCAAUGUACACGCUAUCGUCACAUUAAAAAUACUAGACUAUAGUGAUAAACAAACAACUUUGAUUCCUGAUGAAGUAUUUGACGCAGUAAAAAGCAACAUUGUCACUUCUGUUAACUUCAGUAAGAAUCAGCUAUGUGAAAUUCCUAAAAGGAUUGUGGAACUGAAGGAAAUGGUUUCUGAUGUCAAUCUCAGUUUUAAUAGGCUUUCCUCCAUAUCCUUGGAUUUAUGCAUGCUUCAAAAGUUGACUUUUUUAGAUCUCAGGAACAAUUUUUUAAAUUCUUUGCCUGAAGAAAUGGAAUCACUGAUAAGACUACAAACAAUUAAUCUUUCCUUUAACAGGUUCAAAAUACUACCUGAAGUUCUGUAUCACAUCCCCACACUUGAAACAAUUUUGAUUAGUAACAAUCAGGUUGGAUCUGUGGACCCUCAGAAAAUGAAAGCAAUGGAAAAGCUGAUCACAUUGGACCUUCAAAAUAAUGACCUACUUCAGAUUCCACCAGAGCUCGGUAAUUGUGUGAACUUAAGAACAUUACUGCUAGAUGGAAAUCCAUUCCGUGUUCCUCGAGCAGCCAUAUUAAUGAAAGGAACAGCUGCUAUUCUGGAAUAUUUGAGAGACCGGAUUCCUACUUAAAUUGGAGUUGUUUUAUAAUCUUGAUCAUGUUCAUUCUUAGACUUCUUAACAUUGAUAAGUAAUGUUUUUCUAAGGUAUCGUGUGCAUUUAUAAUGGUGAUAACCACAUACAGUGUUAAUGCAUUAAUUCUGAUUGUUUUGCAUAAGAUUUAUCUUACUUUCAUUCCUUAUAAGAUAGCAGUUUCUUCAGAUGUGAAUUUUUAUUUAAUGUAGUUUAAUAUUUUUAUAAUGAUAAAGCAUUUUUGUAGAAGUGGGUUUUUUCUCCCCAUUUCUCAUUGUGUUACAUAUAAUGUGACCAAUGAAUUUGAAUAUGACCAUCUAAUUUCUACCUUUUUGUUACAUAUAAAAUUGGAUUGAAUUUUAUUCAAAACUGUUCUUUGGUGUUUAAAAAAAUAAGACUUUUUCUUACCCAUGAUAAGACUUAUGUGAUACGGUUAGUCUUGGUAUAAAUUUUAAAUUAAUAUUCACUGUCUUGUUUUUGUUUUAAUCUAGUUGAAAUGUUUCUUUUCUAGCCUUUUCCCCAUAUCUUAUGAAACUAUUUUGUCAGAAAUGCUACAUGAAGUGUAGUUACUGGUAGAGAAAACAGUAAAAGUGUUAUAAUUUUUCUCACAAUUUUGAAUUUAAAACUUGCAAUGAAAUGCAUGUAUUAAUAUACAAUAUGUCUAUUACUCUGUACUAAUAUAAUCUAGUACUUCUGGAUUCAAAAAAUUUAAAGAGAUUGGAUCUGCAUAUUUUUAUCUCCCAAGUAUGAGUGUUUAAAAAUAACUUUUGUUCUUUUUAAAGUCCUGAAGACCUUAUUUUAUUAAUUCUAUAGUUAUCAGCAGCAGAAAAUAACUAACAACAUAUACUGCAAUGAAAUCUUGACCUGUACUUUCUUAAAUACUUACUUAGGUAUUUGUACACAUAACCUACUCUUUUGGUGUGUUCUAACCCAACCUUGUGCAUUUUUUUUAUUUCUAGAGCCUUACUUUUCAAAUUUGCUUCUAAUCUUCAUAAGACUGAACCUAUAGUUAAUGUGGUAAUUUUCUGAAAGGGAAUUUGUUAUAGGUUAACUUGAUUUAGUAAAAAAUAAAAUAUAAACAUUUUUAUUUACACCAAAAAUACCAGAAGUAGGCUGAUCAGUCAUUAUGAAACUUACCAUGUGAAUCUAUUAAGUAGCCAAUCAACAGAAUGUCUAUUAAUUUAUAUAGACAGGUAGGUAGGUAGCUAGCUAGCUAGCUUUUGAGUGAUUGUGGCAUGCUCAUAUUAUGGGAAAAAAAACAAAACAAAACAUUGCCAAUAAGGAUAAAUAGCUACAUGUCCGUAAUAAAAGUUACAUUUUUCAAAUAUUGCUUAUAAUGGUUAUGUUUUUGGUUUAAAAGAAACAUGCCUUUUUCACACUACAACUCUGUGGCUAAGAAAUCGGCUUUGAUAUUAAACAAAAGACACUUUACAAUAAGGUGACAUUUUAUUAUUUAUACAAUAAAGAGACUUUUAUGUUAUUCAAAACACGUUUUUAAAUACUGAAAAAGUUGAGUACACCAAAGCCGAAAAAUGGCUCUGCUAUACACUGCACAGCAUUAUUUUAGUCCCUGUAUUUUGUAUCUGUACAGAAAGCAUCUUCAAAAUGCAUUCUAAUCACAUUGUACACCUUUACCAAUUAGUGUCAGUACAUAAAAUAAACUGGAGAAUACAGCUUGCAUUUGCAAAUUAACUGACAAAGUAAUUAAUUUCACUGAUUCAGUAAAUUUAAAAUAUAGAUUCAUAGGACUCCUUUGCACAUAAAAUGAAGCAGCUUUCAAGGUCAUUAUGGUCUUAUACUGCAAAAGAAAAAAACCAUUAAGUACAUUCACAAUCUAUGUUAAUAAAGUAGUAAAUAUGUCUUCAUUCAGUUUUUAUUUACAUCAAUAUGUAGUUCAACUAAAAAGUACUGUUAAUUGUGAUACAGUUUGUUAACACAUACAAAAAUGACAACUUUUUAUAUAUAAUUUAAGCUCAAAAUCACAAUUAUCUCAAAAUAUUAAUUACAAUACAGCCAUUUCAAUUAAACAUGUCAUGAUUUAGUUGUUUUUUAUAAAAUGGUAAAAUUUGUUAUUAAAGUAAGCAAUUUGUUUUGAAUUGGCUACAGUUCACCCAUGUAGAAAACCUUAAAUGUUAAGAGGUGUUUCCUGCCCCUCCCACCCGAAUUUGUAUACAGCCACCUAGCCUAGCAAAGAGACAGAAAAGGCCCCAAUUUAUAAAGAUUAAGCCUCUUUUGCUAUACUGCUGUGGCUUGUUGCUUCUUCCAUAAAAGCUUUACAAGGGGAGUGUCAAUAAACUAUGCAAUGAAAUGCAUGCAUUAAUAUACAAUAUGUCUAUGUAAAAUGUUAGUGUUUACCAGUGCACAUUAAAAUGUUCACAAAGACUGCAAAAGAAGUCAUAAAGAAGCAUUUAUAAAGAUCUACCAGUUGCAAACUGUGGACUUGAAAACUA